GAUAUGUCUGAAUACUUUGUUUCAACAUAGAACACACAAACAAGGUGAGUGGCCUAGGUGAUAGGGGGCCAAGUUGAGCACUUUUACUCUAGUGGGAACAGUGAGCAGAAUGAGUACCUCACAGGACCAGAAUGGCUGCACCAGUACUAGAGAACCCCUUUUGAGGUGUUGUGAUGCACGGAGGGACUUGGAGCUUGCCAUUGGUGGAGUUCUCCGAGCUGAACAGCAAAUUAAAGAUAACUUGCAAGAGGUCAAAGCCCAGAUUCACAGCUGCAUAAGCCGUCACCUGGAAUGCCUUCGAAGCCGUGAGGUAUGGCUGUAUGAGCAGGUAGAUCUCAUCUAUCAGCUUAAAGAGGAGACACUUCAGCAGCAGACCCAACAGCUCUACUGGUUACUGGGCCAGUUCAAUUGUCUUAUUCAUCAACUGGAGUGCACCCAAAACAAAGAUCUAGCCAAUCAAGUCUCUGUGUGCCUGGAGAGACUGGGCAAUUUGACCCUCAAACCCGAAGAUUCGACUGUCCUACUCUUUGAAGCAGACACAACUGCUCUGCGCCAGGCCAUCACCACGUUUGGCUCCCUCAAGACCAUCCAAAUUCCUGAGCACCUGAUUGCUCAUGCUAAUUCAUCAAAUAUUGGGCCUUUCCUGGAGAAAAGAGGUUAUGUCCCAUUGCCAGAACAGAAGUCAGCAUCCAGCACCACAGCUGUCUCUCUCAGCGAAUGGCUCCUUGGAAGCAAACCUGCCAGUGGUCGUCAGGCUCCUUACAUCCCCAGCACCAACCUCCAGGACUGGCUCACCCAAAAGCCGACCUUGGAAAAUAGUCAGACUUCUGCCAGAGCCUGCAGUUUCUUCAGUAAUGUCUGGGGCAACCUAAAGGGCUUAGAAAACUGGCUCUACAAGAGUCAGCAACAAGAGGUUCCUGAAAAACCAACUUACCAAAAGUGUAACAGCCAUUCUUCUACCAGUUCUUAUGCUAUUGAAAUUGAAAAGGCUGGAGACCUGGACCUUUUUGAUCAAGAUGAGAUGGACCUUUCUGAUUGGCUGGUGACUGCUCAGGAAUCCCAGAAGCCGGAGAAGCCUGGGAAGGGUAGCUGUGAAACCAGUGAGAAGUGGAAGCUCCUCUUGCAGGUGUUCCAGGAGCCCUAUAGUGUGAAUGAUUGGCUUGUCAAGCCUGAUUCCUGUACCAAUUGUCGGGGCAACCAGCCCAAGGGUGUGGAGAUUGAAAACCUGGGCAAUCUGAAGUGCCUGAAUGACCACUUAGAGGCCAAGAAACCCUUGUCCACUCCCAGCCUGAUGACUGAGGAUUGGCUUGUCCAGAACCCUCAGGACCCAUAUAAAGUAGAGGAAGUGUGCAAAGCCAAUGAGCCCUGUACAAGCUUUGCAGAGUGUGUGUGUGAUGAGAACUGUGAGAAGGAAGCUCUGUGUAAAUGGCUUCUGAAGAAAGAAGGAAAAGACAAAAAUGGUAUGCCUAUGGAACCAAAUCCUGAGCCUGAGAAGUGUAUAGAUUUCCUGAGUGUGUGGCUCUGUCCUUCCAGAAAAGAGGCAAUGCAACAAGCUAAGACGUCAAAGGCAGUGGCUCCCUCUAGAAUUGCAGAUUCCUUCCAAGUCAUAAGGAACAGUCCUUUGUCAGAGUGGCUCAUCACACCCUCAUACAAAGAAGGUUGUCUCAAAGAAGUGCCAAGUACUGAAGACAGAGCUGGCAAGCAAAAGCUUAUGAACCCCGUGGCCACUUCCUGGUGUCCCUUUAACACAGCUGACUGGGUCUUGCCAGGAAAGAAAAUGGGAAACCUCAGCCAUUUAUCCUCAGGAGAGGACAAGUGGCUACUUCGAAAGAAGGCCAAGGAAGUAUUACUGAACUCACCCCUACAGGAGGAACGUAAUUUUCCCCAAGACCGUUACGGCCUCCCAGCAGUUUGUGACCUCUUUGCCUGUAUGCAGCUUCAAGUUGACAAAGAAAAGUGGUUGUAUCGAACGCCUCUACAGAUGUGAAGGAAUGGAACACGAGUCAAACAACUUUACUGCAAAUUACCACACAUCCAUGGGCCGAGUGACUGUGCGGCUUGCCAAAUCAUUGUGUUUCUGGGUCUGACCAGUCAGCUUAGUUCCUUUUCCUACCUAAUUUUGAGCUAGUGAAGAGAAAUAAGUCAUCAAAUUAUGAGUUACAAUGUAAAAGAAAAAGGCUGUUUGUUGAUGCUGAGGGUGAUCAGUUCCUUCUUACAGAAGUAUUAACUCAGCCCUACACUAGAAACACAGCAUCUUGGUGGACAGGUCUUUUUCAUAAGCUUCUGCAGCUCCUUAGAUUGGAUUAUUACUAGAAGUACAUUAAAACACUGUAGUUUUAAAAAUGAAAUAGUUCUAUAAUCAAGGUGUGUUGAUGUAUUCGAAAGCUAGUGAGCUUCCCUAACCUUUUGAUUGUCCUCCUUUAGAUGCUUCCCUUGCUGUGGGUUUUCUUCCAUUGGUGGUGGAAAUGAUUCUUCUGUUUAAUAUAUAGUAUAUUUCACACAAGUACUUAACUUUGCCAAUAUAUUUUUUUCCUUACCAAAAUGUGUAUUAACAAUCUUGGCAAUUUGGGACAUUAAUUACAAAACAUUUUAACCUACGUGUCAGAUUCUACAUUAUUUUUCUUCUUUUGAAAGAGAUUCAGCUACUGCAAAUUUUGUCUUUUUCCCUUUUCUAAAUGUUUAAUAUCGAGUGAGCUUUCAGAAGAACUCCAAAUUGCUUCAAGACUAUGUUCAAGGUAGUCCUAGCUGCUUUCAAAAUAUUCUGAACUACAGGUCAAAGAGCCCUAGUGCUGACUAAUCAAUCAGAGAGCAAAAGGCAAGACAUGUUGGAAAUGUAGUACUCGAACUAUUUGCUAUCUUAAUUGGUGCAUCCUGUGUAAAGGGAAGCUGAGCUUGACACCCGGUGCUUUUAACUAGGAUAAAGUAAAUGUCCUCUCACUGCAAGCAUAGCAUACCUAUACCUCUGAAAGUAGAAUGCGGUGACGUUUUAGUGAACAGGCUGUUUUGAACACUUGUGCCUUGGGGUGUUUACUGAAGCUUUAUGAAAACUUGAUGUUUUCUCAGUACCUUUAAAAGUCACAUCCAUGCUUUAAAAGGUUUCUCUAUUGGAAAUGCGAUUUAUAACGUUUUUAAAUUCUCUAAGGUAAGAUACCGUAGCUGCUUUCUAGGCUUUUAAGCUAUUAAGCCACUCAGCUUGCCUAAUAUGUUAUUGUUCAUACUUGUCAAGUUUGUGAUACGGUCAUCUAAAAACCCUUUUGGGGAAACUUCACAAUCCCACGGUCCUUGCCAGACAGUUUCAUUAGACUUCUUGACCACAGCUGAAAAGAGCCUCUUAUUUUUUUGGCCCCGCCCCCCCAAUACCACUUAGAACUUUAAUAAAGGUGGCAGGUAAAAACUUCGUAGU